AUGGAACGAUCUACGUACAACUAUACCUCAGUUCCACAAUACCAAUAUCAGCAACCUCAACACACAAUGCAGACUGUCAACCCAGCCUCUUUAACUCAACAAGCGUCCUACACUCCCUUAUACACCGAUAGACCUUCAAACCCUAUCACUGCAGCCAGUUCUACUGGGCAAACCAGAAACAACACAUCUUCGUCAUCGCCAUACUCAAGUAUGGGACGACAAGAAACCUGGAUGGGAAGUGUGGGCUUCACAGAUCGCUUCACUAGAGACAGUAUGGGUUAUGGUCGAGCAGCACCAGACAUGCCAUCAAAUUACGAGUCUGAGCCUUUGGAACCCCUCUUUGGCAGAACGCAGCCUUUGCCGCAAUUGCCUCCUCCUGAUAUUCAGCAACCCCCUGCACGCUCAAGACAGAGACGCGGAGGAGAUAGGGCGUGGUCUCGCAAGCAACCACAUUCAGGAUAUGUUGAAGUGCCCAGAAAGAUCAUUCACAAUGGGAAAGAGAACGUUAUCACGAACACGGUGUAUUUCAACCGAAGCUAUGGAGGGUAUUGGCACAGUCGACCAUAG